AUGCCACUACAGGACGUGUUUUCAUUGCUACAGAAGGAAUUAGAGGUGAAGACGCUCCAGAAUCCAAUGAUACGUCAAGCGGUGGACUCGUUUUACUUUUAUUGUGCUCACGAGGCCGAGAAAAAUGGACUUCGAGAGGCAUUUCGACGACAAGUGCUGGAUUAUUUCAACCAGAAAGUCUUUUUAUAUCAAGAUGAAGACGAGACCAAGCCUUUUGUGAUGGGAAAGUCAGUGAAUGAAGCAGUUUUUGGAUCCGUGAUCAAGUUACAUUUAGCAGGAGGAGACACUGAAGCAGCUUGGAGGCUCAUUAGUAAGCUGAAACGAGCAGUGAAGGACGGAGCAGUGAAGGAUGGAGCAGUGAAGCUGCACUUUCGGACAGUGAGUCCAUUGCUCGAGCAUGAGUGCAGACACAAUCAAUUUCUGAGUGCUUAUUCGAAAUGGCAGCAGUUGAAACAACAUGAUGUCGAGUGGACAAGUGCCAUGGAGGACGUACUGGUGCAGAUGGUGAUUGCGUGUGUGAAACACAACAAACAGCAGCUGAAGAAGGACUCUACGGACAUGUUGAAGACUGAGACGAGGGAAUCGCAUUUCCAUGCACAAAUGACAUUAUUGUUGCAUGAUCUACAACUCACCUGUCGAGAGGUGUCUCCACCGAACGCUCAGGGGCUAAUGCAUGCAUUCCAUGAUGCUAAUUAUGCUGUGAAAACCGUGUCGAGUGACGUACAGAUGAGAGCACAGUGUCCGUGUUGUGGACAUGCUUUGUUAAAGCAGGGAAUGUCGGAACCUGAACGUGAGAACAUGUUGAGAGCUAUUGAAUCUCGUCGUAGCAAAGUGCCACCAGAAAAUACAGUGAAAGAGUAUCUACAGCCAUUCCGAGACUGGUUGAUGCUUCGCCACAAAAAGUUCCAGCUUCAACACCUUGUUGAAGAGGAAAAGGACGACAAGCUUCUGCACUAUGUGCUGGACGGACCUAAUAUCGCAUACAUUAACCAGAAUUUUGGAGCCGGAACGUAUCGCUUGGACCAAGUGGAUGCUGUUGCGAAAGAACUUCAGGCUCAGGGUCACCUCGUGAGCAUUACGAUGCCUGCAGCUUACCUUGCUAACAAAUUUGUGGUACGUAUUCGCACCAAGCACUUUAAGGAAUUACGUCGCCACGGUAAAUUUGUCUCUCGCGAGCGCACGCCUGAGGAGAAGAUAAUUUUGGCACGCUGGCAGGAUGCAGACAUGAUCUAUAGCUGCCGCACAGACUUUUUGUCGGACGACCUCUUUUGGUUGUACGCCAGCGUACUGAUGGGACAUGAAGGACGCGUGGUCACGAACGACCAAGGUCGUGACCACGUCUUCGCUUUACUCAAUGGCUAUGACAGUACAAGUGCAAAUGCUCGGACUCAGAAGAAUGGCAAGAAGAGUGCUGUUGAAAUGAGCACACCCGCAGAUGUUCCAUCCAUCUCAAUGGACCUAAUUGCUCGUUGGAAAGACAUGACGACCGUGAAUAUUGAGAUCGAGCAUGACGAAGUUGCGUACGUCGCUAGAGGUGAUGAUCCAACGGCGCUCAUGCCCAUCGAGUCCGUCCGACUGCUUCAUCCCCAACCGUUCUCGCGCGUACCCCAAGUGACAGCACCGCAGCAUUUUCAUUUCCCGAUAGCAGACCAAGCAAAUCAAAAUGAACAUCCAAACCAGGCACAGAAUCAAAGAAAGCGCACGCGAUGGCUUUGUGCUCAUCUUGAGACAAUCGACUGA